AUGGCAGGAAUAAUUAGUCCAGUAGUGUGUGAGCAGGAAGCCGCUCAGAGGCUCACAGAGGCCACAAAUAGCUUCAGCAAAGCUGAACUUGUAAAUGUUAUCAAACACUGGGAGUUCAAAUAUGAACUUCUGGACAAGUACGCAAAGGACCUGGCAGUGAAAAACACGCACUGGGAGGCGAGUUGGCCUUAUCACCAGAAGAUGGUGAUUACCAGGAUCGAGCAGAGGGAAGCUGUGAUCAACGGUCUGACGCAAGCAAACCAGUCGCUGUUGCAAGAAAAUGCCAGAUUUGUGAAAGUUGUGAAUGUCUGGCAGGAACUGAUCCACCAGAGGGACACUGAAAUCAUGGGUCUGAAACAGGAGAAGGAGUCUCUCUCUCACAGUCUCUCAGUGUCCACAAACUGGCAGGAGAAAUACAAUGCACUGAAGGAGGAAUCUUCAAAGAGCUUGGAAGAGAACAAGCUGUGUCCAGAGUCAAAAAUGGCGACAAACGUUGAAAGCGUUGAGAAAGAUGACAAUUCCCUGGCAGAGAAUGUCAGAAAAGAAAUUGCAGAGAAAAUACAGAGCUGGGCUUCUCUAAGCAAACGGAUCAAGGAAAAAUUCCAGAAGAUUGAGGACAAGAAGUCACAUCUGGAGGAAAUGUCCACAAAGGACCUUGCAGGGAAACAAGAAAUCCUGGAGGUCGAAGUCAAGGUCGAAAACAUCCUGGAGGAAAAGUCACCUCAGGACCCGGCUGAGGAACAACAAAACCUGGAGACAGUGAUGGUGACAGAAGUCCAAAAGAUGGAGGAUGAAAUUAAGAAUCCAGAAACAUCCAUUGAGGACCUAGCUGAGACACAUCACAGCCAGGCAGAGGAAGUCAUCUUGAUGGAGAUGAAAGAAGAUCAGGAGGAGAAGUUCACUGAGGAGGAGUCCACACAAGACCUGGUUGAGACUCCAGAGGUGGAGGAUGAAGAGAAAGAGUCCACACAAGACCUGGUUGAGACUCCAGAGGAGGAUGAAGAGGAAGAACCAGAAGAGUUCACCGACUUCCCGAAGACCGAGGCAGCAGAGGUAGAGCUGCAGAAAGAGGAACUUAGCCUCGUGGCAGCGGUGGCCAUCAAAGACCAAAGCUGUGAAACCACAGAGGUGGAGGUUGAGGUUGAGAAGAAGGAACCAGAAGAGGUCUCCUUCUUAAAGAAGACGGAGGAGGUAAUUCUGCAGAAAGAGAAAAGCAGUAAGAAGAAAAGAGUCAAGGAUAUCAAACUGGAGAAGUUCCCUGAGGCCCAGGCUGAGAAACAGCUUACCUUGGAUGAGGAAUUGAUCAAACCAGAGGAGUCCAUAAAUGACCUUGCUGUUGAGACCCCAAACUGCUGGGAUUUUAACUUCAGACCGAUGAAGGUGAAACCGACAGAGGACAACCUGGCCAAUAAAGACCAGCUCUGUGACACCACAGAGGUAAAGGAUGAGGAGAAAGAACCAGAAAAGUUCCCCGAAAUAUCUAUCUGCGAACUCCCAGCCGGAGAGGCAGGCCUCCAGGAAAUGGGAAGCGGAGAGGAGAUUCAAUUCAGCUGGGCAGCAGUGGUGGCCAAUAAAGACCAGCGCUGCAGGAUCGAAGAGGUGGAGGACCCAGAAGAAGUCUCCGACUCAAAGACCGAGGCAGGAGAGGAAGUGCUGCUGACAGAGAAAAGCAGAAAGGAGAAGAAACAAGAGAGGAAAAGAGUCAAGGCGUUGAAAGUAACACAGAUGGGGAUUAUUGUAAAGGAGAUGGACAACCUGGACAAUAAAAGCCAGAGCUGUGAAACGUCAGAGGUGACGGAAGAGAGGAAAGAAGUGGAACAGUUCCCCGACUUACCGAACACCGAGGCCGCAGAGGUCGCUCUGCAGAGAAUGGAAAUGGGAGAGGAGACAAAACGUAGCUGGGCGGCAGUGCUGAAAGACCAGCGCUGCAGGAUCAGAGAGAAGAAGGUGGAGGAAGAGGUGAAGGACCCAGAAGAAGGGUCCGACCUAAAGCAGACGGAGGCAGCAGGGGAGGACGCGAAGGACCCAGAAGAAGGGUCCGACCUAAAGCAGACGGAGGCAGCAGGGGAGGAGGUGAAGGAGCCAGAAGAAGGGUCCGACCUAAAGCAGACGGAGGCAGCAGAGGGAGAGGUGAAGGACCCAGAAGAAGGGCCCGACCUAAAGCAGACAGAGGCAGCAGAGGGAGAGGUGAAGGACCCAGAAGAAGGGUCCGACCUAAAGCAGACCCCCGUGGAAGGAAGGGUACGUAUGCAGAGGAAGAAAAGCAGAAAGGAUAAGAAAAAAGAGAAGAAAAGAGGAUAA